UUGGGCCAGGAUUAUUCAAAGAAAUUACAGCUUUACUACUCCAUCAUGGCUACUGACAAUACUGGCAUCAGAAGCAAUCGCAGCAGUGGAGAUUUCUCCAUGAACAUUUUUUCCAUGAGUCCUUACCCACCUAAUAGAUAUGAUACCGAAGUAACAGACAGAGACAAGGCAGGAGCCACUUUAAUAUUCUCUGGUGUCUUUCUGAGUUUAGUUGGAAUAACUUUCACUAUUAUGGGAUGGAUCAGAUAUGAUGCUGUUUCACAUUUUGAGUGGACACAACUGCUGGGUCCCAUCCUGCUCUCAGUGGGAGUAACCUUUGUAUUCAUUGCUGUGUGUAGAUUUCGGAUGUUGACCUGCAAGUUUUGCAAGGAGAGUGAGGACAGACUCUCUGAGGCCGAUCAGACACCUUAUGGACAGUCCUUUGUCUUUACAGGCAUUAAUCAACCAAUCACAUUCCAUGGGGCUACUGUGGUCCAAUACAUACCCACUACAGCUGCCAGUCUAGCACAAGAGGGCAUUACUCUGAGCCCAGCGUGCCUCCCAUCACAAAAUGUUAAUCAACGACAUGGAUCAGUAGGGACUAUUGUGUGCCCCCCACAAUACUGUGCAGUAUAUGCGCUGGAUAACCCUGCCUUUCUGGGCGAUGAAAACUGCUUGUCGUAUCAGGCCUCCACCACUGACGAUACCAGGAAUGAAGAAACCGAAGAAGAAUGUGAUGGACGAGUCCUUGCGGAUGAAGCAGCUGACAACACUCCUCCUCCUGCUUAUGAUGACAUAUUCCCUGCUUCUCUUUCAACUGACAGCACCACAUGAUUGAUCUUUUUUCUCCCAACUUUAUAACAAUAUUUAUGUGACUAUUAGUAUCCAGAAAUGUAAUUCUGGUAACUAAAGGACAUAUACAGUAACAUGCCCUUAAUGAUUUGUUAGGUGUCAUAUUAUUUUUGGAGGCAGGAUGGUGGUAUAGUGGUUAGAGCUUCUUCUUCACAGAUCCAGCUUCCUGGAUUCGAUUCUCACACUCAGCUGCUGCGCGUGUGGAGUUUGCUGUAGUCUUUCUCUGGGCACUCCAGUUUUCUGGUCAUUUUCCAAAGACCUUCAGGUUACUUUGACUGAGGAUUCUAAGCUGACCCAGCUUGAUGCUUAUUUGUAUGUGAGUGGACCCUGCAAUGGUCUUUCUCCACACCAUGUUUGGUUAUGGCUUGAGCCCAGUGCUGCCAGGAUAGGCUCCAGACUCCUUUUAACCCUGAAUUUUGAGAAUGCUAUAUAAAGUUACAAUAUUAUUUUUUGCUGGCUAUAGCAUACUUUUCAACUGUUGAGCUUUUCAGUGAAAUGCUACACUAAAUUUAACAAUGUCUUGUAAUAGCUGAUGAUUCACAAAUUAUGAAUUUGUUGACAUGCUUCGAUUUUUUAUAUUCUCGUUAGACUGUCAAAUUUUACAUAUUACAGAAAAUCUAUGACCAUUGAAGACUUGUCAGCUACCAAGGAUGUGGAAACUGCCGUUUCAUACAUGAAUGUUAAAGCAAAGUGCACUGAGCCUCCUGUGCCUAUCAGAACAAGUCCAAAGUGGUGGCCCAGUGGAAGUAAUUAACAUGGUGAAGGAACUGGAGAGUCACAGCUAUAUUGUUUGAAAUGUAUGAAUAUUCAUUUUGAAAUGCUACUUCACAUCAAGGCAUAUUUAUACUGUUGUUACCAGGUAAAAGAGAGCAGGCAGAGGAUUGGGUUUGGCUGAAAAUAAACAGCAUGCUUUUGGUUUAUUUCAAAUGUCCAACUGUUCUCUUGAGAGAUGCUGCCGCUCGAGUCAUGAGGCAAACCAAUAAAACAAAUAAGGCGGUCUGCAUACUCUAUUACGCUUAACUGGCCUCCAUCUGUUUGGAGUCUAUUGUUUCAGGAUAACGCUGGGGAAUAAUAGGCUUGUUAACUGUAAUAUUUUGAAGCAAUUUGCUACCUGUUAAGUCUCCCAGAGUUGCAAGACUGUUUAUGUCUAAAAAAGGUCAAUAUGAAAAAUGUAGACCUUUUAUGAAAAUAAACACAAAUGAGUGCUUAGUAUAAUUUGUUUUAUUCCUGUGUGCUGGUGGCAUCAUCAAGGAAAAGGAUAAGUUUACAUUUGGACAGUAGAAAGCCCAUGAGCCUGUGCAGUACUGGUCACGGAUUCCAUACAAAGUCAGCAAGGUUACUUUCCAAUGAGAGUUAUUUACCUUUAAGAACUAAGCUCACAUUCCCUUCAAAUAUUAAAUUACAUAUGCAUCAACAUAAGUACUUACUUCAGCAAUGAAAGUCAUGACUGAAAUAUCUAU